AUGUCAGAGGAGGAGGACUUUUAUCUAUUCAAGAACACCUCCUCAGUGGGGCCCUGGGAUGGGCCUCAGUACCACAUUGCCCCUGUCUGGGCCUUCCACCUCCAGGCAGCCUUCAUGGGCUUUGUCUUCUUUGCAGGGACACUGCAUGCCACAGUUCUGGUGGCUACACUACUCUACAAAAAGUUGAGGCAGCCACUCAACUACAUUCUGGUCAAUGUGUCCCUGGGGGGCUUCCUCUUCUGCAUCUUUUCUGUCUUCACUGUCUUCAUCGCCAGCUGUCAUGGAUACUUUCUCUUUGACCGCCACAUUUGUGCUUUGGAGGCCUUCCUGGGCUCUGUAGCAGGUCUGGUGACAGGCUGGUCACUGGCCUUUCUGGCCUUUGAGCGAUACAUUGUCAUCUGUAAACCCUUCGGCAACUUCCGCUUCAACUCCAAGCAUGCAUUGAUGGUGAUUCUGACUACCUGGACCAUCGGCAUUGGGGUCUCCAUUCCACCCUUCUGUGGCUGGAGCCGGUUUAUCCCUGAGGGCCUGCAGUGUUCCUGUGGCCCUGACUGGUACACCGUGGGCACCAAAUACAGCAGCGAGUACUACAGCUGGUUCCUCUUCAUCUUCUGCUUCAUUAUGCCUCUCUCCCUCAUCUGCUUCUCCUACUCUCAGCUGCUGGGGACUCUCAGGGCUGUGGCAGCUCAGCAGCAGGAGUCAGCUACGACCCAGAAGGCUGAGCGGGAGGUGAGCCGCAUGGUGGUGGUGAUGGUGGGAUCCUUCUGUCUCUGCUAUGUGCCCUACGCUGCCCUGGCCAUGUACAUGGUCAACAACCAUAACCACGGGCUUGAUUUGCGGCUUGUCACCAUCCCUGCCUUCUUCUCCAAGAGCUCUUGUGUCUACAGUCCCAUCAUCUACUGCUUCAUGAAUAAGCAGUUCCAAUCUUGCAUCAUGGAGAUGGUGUGUAAGAAACCCAUGACAGAUGAAUCUGACAUGUCUGGUUCCCAAGGAACAGAAGUUUCUACUAUUUCUUCUGGCAAAGUUAGCCCGAACUAAGGACUCCACUUUGGCCUAUUGGCAGCAAACAGACCUUCACAUUUAAGUAAGUUUCUACUUUAUCAAAAAAACUAACUAGUACAACACAGAAAAAAGAUGGAAAGGGGAGUGAUGGCAUU